AUGCUAUCUCGCAUUGAUGAGCUGGCGCUACAGGGAUCCCAUGAAGCGAACAAUGUCGGCUACUUGACUCUAACCCACGCCGUUAACGCCAUCUUAUUAUUAGUGCCCUACAUGAAGGAGACAGCGACGCACAUUUUAAUUGAGAGGAAACCUCCAAUUAGACUAGGUAAUGCUACACCACCACGCAACACUCCCUGCAUGUCUGCCGAUAGUCCACCUUCGCGUUACAUAGUACUCCGUAUUGGAGGUAUUGGUGGUGGUACUAUGUGCGCAUGUCAAAAAUCUUCCACCAACCGCCUAGUCAGCCCAAUCACAUCGACCCCGAAACUAAGGUACAGAAUGACUGAUCCUUCGGCCAGCCCGCUCAGCAAGAACAAUUAG